AUGAUUGAUCCGCCGUCAAUCUUCACAGGACUGCCCCGCGACGCCCGACUCUCCUCCAGCCCCGAGCCACAGCGCCAUCCUGCGCCCGCCCACCGCCCGACCUUUGCCAAACCCGCUCCCGCAUGGCUGCAUGCCACUGAUCCAGAGCCCCCCUCCGGACCCGUCAAUCCGCCGUCGCGCCGCACGUCAGUCGCUGAUUCGUUUGUCGCUCCUUCGAAACCUGCUGAGAAGCGCCUGUUUCCACAGCAGGGCCCCACUCACAAGCACUCCCAUAGCGAGCCUCUGCACAAGCGCCGCAAGCUCCAGAAGCGCUCGCGCCACACCCUCGAUUCCUUCGAUCGCCUGCCCCUCCCGUCCCUCGACCGCCAGCAGCAGCCCACCUCGCCGCUCUUCUUCUCCCACACCAAGCGCGCGCGCCCGCCCUUGCCUGCUCGUUUCUCGAGCUCCGAGGCCGCCGCGAGGAUGUUAAGCAAUGCACGCGAGGAAAGCGGCAUCAAGACAGUAACCCUUGCGCGCGGCACUUAUGCUGGCUCGAGCCCUUCGACCCGCACCUCCGUCGAUCGCUCCAGCCUGCCUCCCGGAUCCCCCGAAAUUCGCGACAAGGCCGAUGUGCCUCGCGCCCUCAGCAACAUAGGCAUUGGAGAGCUGCUGGAGCAGGAUGGACGCCCUACUUUCAUCGUCGACCUGGGCGAGCCCGCAAACUACGGCGCCGGCUACCUGGCUGUGAUUUUUGCCAAUUCUGCUCUGCGCGCGAGCAUCGGCCUCCUCGACCUCGUGAGCGGCAGGAUUGUGCAUGAUUCCCAGGAUUCAGCCACUUUCAAAGCUUAUACCCAGUUCAAGACAUGGGUCUUGAGUGCCGUUGUGCACGGCGAGUCCUUGGACGUCUGCAUUCCCGGCAUGCUCUACGGCGGCCUGUCGUGGACCAUAUACACCAUCCGGAAGAAGUAUCGCGUUGUGAGUGGAAAUUAUGCUGCCUCGCCCACGUCCACCUCGACUUCGUCUCUCCCGAGCUCUGUGGCGGUGCCGCAGCCCACGUCUGAAGAGCGCUUUUCAAGGGGGGAAAAGCUUGGUCCUGCUGAUACCGAAGGCCUGGUACUGCCGAGCACCGAGUCGGAUGCAACCGACUACUUCGGCCUCGCUCCGGGCCCUCCACCGGACGAGAGACCCGUUACGCCCCAUACCGCAGAAACUAUGACGACCGCAACCACCGUGACCACCACCGUGGAGCCCGCCGACAUCCCGCAAACCCCAGCCGGCCUGACCGGACGCCUCUUUGGAACCACCUCAGAUGCAUCCUCCAUUGUCUCCCACCCCUCGAUAUCAAACGAGUGCGUUCUCCGCGCUGCUGUUGCCGGCAACGUUGAUUCAUUUGAGUACAGUAAUGACCCGAAUUCCAGGAAAGAGAUUGGCUUCUUCGACUGGACCCGCCUACCAAUCGACUCCGACCUCCCCAAGCACAUUCAGUUUGCUCGCAGUAUCGACUGGGCAUCAACCCCGUUAGGUCCAAUUGAGUUCUGGUCUGCUGACUUGCGACAAAUGUGUAAUUUGAUCAUGGCUAGUCCACACCCUGCAGCUAUGUACUGGGGAGACGACCUUGUAGCAAUAUACAACGAAGCAUACAUAUUACUCGCCGGACAGAAGCACCCCACUUUAAUGGGCCAAAGCUACAGAGAUGCUUGGGCAGAAAUUUGGGACGACGUUAAAGAUGUUUUCGCCAGUGCCAAGACCACCGGCCAAGCCACAAUGAAGGACGAUGAUUGUCUCUUCAUCAAGCGAAGCAAUUAUCUCGAGGAGACUUACUUUUCGUGGGCGAUAAUCCCAAUGAUUGGGGGUGACGGGACCGUCAUGGGACUCUACAAUCCGGCGUUUGAGAAGACUCGACGAAAAAUCGCCGAGAGACGGAUGCUGACCCUUCGCGAAGUGGGCGAGCGAACCGCCGUUGCCCGUGACGUUAAAUCUUUCUGGAGCCAGGUUAUGAAAGCGCUAGCAAGCAACGAAUACGACACGCCAUUCGUCCUCCUAUACUCGGUCAUGGACGAUUCCGACAGCGAUUCUUCAUCCAUGCACUCGAGCAGCGUUUUCGGCACCAAGCAAUGUUUGUUGGAAGGAUCAAUGGGUGUACCGUCGGGGCACAAGUGCGCACCAGAUCAACUGGAGUUAAAGACGAGCAUGGAUGGGUUUGCGCCUGUACUACGGGAGGUAAUGAAGACGGAUAAGCCUGUUUUACUGGAAAUUGGAAGUGGUGAUUUGCCCUCAGAGAUGAUGGAAGGGAUUGGGGGCCGUGGCUUCGACGAUCCCGUCCAGUCUGUUGUGGUCUGUCCCAUACAUCCGACUACUGGAGAGUCGAUCCUAGGAUUUUUGGUCCUUGGCGUGAAUCCCCGACGGCCCUACGAUGACGACUACAAUUUAUUUGUUCAGCUCCUGAGCAGACAGCUGGCCACGUCUCUGGCCUCUGUCGUUCUUUUUGAGGAGGAGAUUCGCCGGGGUCAAAGAGCUGCGAAACUGGCCGCGCUGGAUCGGAUGGAGCUGUCGGAACAGCUGGCCGCUCGGACCCAGGAAGCAAGAGACAGCGAGACAAGGUUCACCCGUAUGGCCGAGUUUUCUCCCGCCGGCCUCUUCAUCGCCAAUUCGGAGGGCCACAUCAUUUACUGCAACGACACUUGGUAUGAGAUAUCCCGAGUGCACAAGGACACGGCUAGCACGGAUCGAUGGAUAGACGCGGUCAAACCUGAGGAUCAGCAGAUGGUCACCUCCCUCUGGCAUACUUUGGUUGACAAGACCGAAGCCGUUACGGCAGAAUUCCGCUUCAAGGCGCCGUGGGAAGAUAAAAACGGCAACUCGACCGACACUUGGGUCCUAUUCAGCGCCUACCCGGAGAAGAACUUACAAGGCACUCUCAAGAGUGUUUUCGGCACGAUUACAAACAUUAGCCAGCAGAAAUGGGCCGAGGGCUUCCAGAAGAGGAAAAUGGAAGAGGCUGUCGAGCUUAAACGGCAACAGGAGAAUUUCAUCGAUAUUACGUCUCAUGAAAUGAGAAACCCUCUCAGCGCCAUUUUGCAAUGCGCCGACGAAAUCUCAACCUCUCUCCUCGACUUCAAACAAAGCGGAUCAAAGGUGAUCGACGAGGAGCUCGUCACUAACAGCAUCGAUGCGGCUCAAACGAUCGCCCUCUGCGCACAGCAUCAGAAGCGUAUCGUGGAUGACGUACUCACUUUGAGCAAGCUCGAUUCUGCCAUGCUUCUCGUCACACCUGUCGAUGUUCAGCCUUUGACUGUUGUUCAACGAGCGCUAAAAAUGUUUGAGGGAGAAUUGCAGACGGCCGACAUUCAAAUGGAGUUUAUAGUGGAUGAGUCUUUCAGUCGGCUGGGCGUUGAUUGGGUCAGACUGGAUCCCUCACGUGUGUUGCAGGUGCUAAUCAACCUGACAACUAACGCCAUCAAAUUUACCACGACCGAGGCCAGGCGGACGAUCAAAGUAACCAUCGCAGCAUCGACGACCAAGUUUUCUCUUUUGGAUAACAGACUCGUCAACUACUUUCCGACGCGUUCAAAGAGAGUAGACAUGACACAGGGCCCAGACUGGGGGACAGGCGACGAUAUCUACGUACAUUUUGCCGUGCAGGACACGGGCCGCGGUCUCAACGAAGAAGAGAAGAAGCUCCUCUUCCUCCGUUUCUCCCAAGCCUCACCCCGCACGCACGUCCAAUACGGCGGAUCCGGUCUCGGUCUCUUCAUUUCCCGUGAGCUUACCGAACUCCAGGGCGGCGAGAUUGGUGUAUCAUCCGAAGCGGGUAAAGGCAGCACCUUUGCUUUCUACGUCAAAGCGCGGCGCAGCAGCCCGCCCGCCGAUCCAGUCGAGCAACUACCGGUCAGCCUGUCGCGCGCGCCCAGCGACCCGCGCGGCAAGCGCACGCAGGACCCCAUCAUCAAGACCAGGGACUUUGCGGCCCCCGUGCCAAGCCGGCCCACGAGCGGCGCUGGCGGCGUAGCGAAUAGCGGUGGUGGUAGUAGUAACCAAAGAAGUCAUGGCCAGCAGAUCCGUGACCGGAAGGACAUCACGGUGCUCAUCGUCGAGGACAACCUGGUCAACCAGAAGGUGCUGCAGAAGCAGCUCAAGAACCAGGGCUUCACGGUGCACGUGGCCAACCACGGCGGCGAGUGCCUGGACCAGCUCUGCAACUCGACGUACUACUACCGCGCCGCGUCCAGCAGCGAGACGUCUUCGUUGUUGGAGCUGUCGGUCGUGCUCAUGGAUCAGGAGAUGCCGGUCAUGGACGGCUUGGCGUGCACGCGGACGAUCAGGGAGUGGGAGGAGGCCGGGAAGCUCAUCCGGCACGUGCCCAUCAUCGCCGUGACGGCGAAUGCGCGGGCGGAGCAGAUUGCUCAGCUGAUGGCGGCGGGGAUGGAUGAUGUGGUGAGCAAGCCGUUUAGGAUUCCGGAACUGGUGCCGAAGAUUGAGGAGUUGGCGGGGAGGUUUAAGAAGGAUGAUGACGAUGAUGAAGAGGAGGGAGAGAAUUAA